AUGCAUUCGCACCAUUCGCAUUCUGGCGACUACAUAGCUCAUGGGGUUGAUCCAUUGGAGGCUGUAACAGCUCAAGCGGUGAAGAUGAAAUUUCACACUUACUGUCUGACGGAGCAUAUGCCGCGAUUCGAAGCCAAAUAUCUCUACCCCGAGGAAUGGAACAGCAAGCGUGACGAGUCUGCCGCGAUAGCUAAGCUGCAACAGGAUUUCCAGAACUUCCUUGACCACGCUCAAAGGAUAAAGAACCGGCCCAACCCGUCCAACACAAAGUUUCUGAUUGGAGUCGAAGUUGAAAGUUGCGAUUUGAACCACAUUGAGUAUGCUAGAAGACUUGUCGAGGAAAACAGAGGUGUAAUCCAGUUCAGCGUAGGAUCUGUGCACCAUAUCAAUGAGAUAGCUAUCGAUUUUAAUCAAAUCGAAUGGGACCGCGCUCUAGCCGCAUCGGGCAACAAUUUGAAGACCUUUUUACUUGCCUAUUUCGACUUACAGUAUAAAAUGCUGAGAAAUUUGCAGCCGCUUGUUGUUGGCCAUUUCGACCUUUACAAGCUGUUCCUCCCACAGGAUCUCAGAGUCGAUCUCGAAACGGGGGCUUGCGGGACCUCUGGCACCCCAGUAUCAGGUAUCUCUUUGAUCAAUCAGUGGAAGGAGGUUCAAGCAGCGGUUGUAAGGAACCUCCAGUAUAUCGAGAAAUAUGGUGGCGCUAUCGAGAUCAAUACCUCGGCGCUACGUAAAAAGCUUCCAGAGCCGUACCCCGGUAAGGACGUCGGAUUGCUGGUGAAAAGACAUUGUGGCGGCAGAUUUGUUCUCAGUGACGAUGCGCAUGGUGUUGCACAGGUGGGUGUUUGUUAUGAUCAGGCUCUGAACUAUAUCGUGCAUGAAUUGAACCUAGAAAAGAUUUACUACUUGACCGAAGCAGCGGAUCGUCAAAGCGUUAGACUGGAGGCAGUGCCGAUCGACCAGUUUGAAUCGGACGCCUUUUGGCGCUUGUACAGGGCGCCAAAGUGA